AUGAACUACCCCCGCUCCAUAGAACAUGUUCCGAGUGAGCAGCUUCGACAUGCCCGGGAGGAGGCCAAUGACGAGGGCGACAGGUAUCGCAUCGACGGAGACUGGCCCUUCACCCUCGGCAACGGCGCCACAUUUCCUCAACCACAAUAUUGGCAACCGCAAAGGCUCCCUGAGACGCAGAGCCCGGGAAUCAAUCAAGCAUCGAUAUCCAAGGGGCACAUCGACAAUGAGCCCAUCGAUCAGGAGAAAAGCGGCGCCAUGUUGACAUCGGGAGCAUGUAGCAUCCGAGGCGGCAGCAGCCAAGGCAGCGACGAUUUGCACCAAGAUCCCAGCCUCUUGAUGAGUUUUCUUGAUGCCACGCGUAGGAUACUCCUCUCCAGCUACAUCAACGUCCUCCUACUCUUUGUCCCAGUGGCCAUCGUCUUAGGAAAUAUUCCUUCCACAAAGGGGCCGGUAAUAUUCACCAUGAACGCAGUGGCGAUCAUACCACUGGCUGGGCUUCUCAGUAUGGCCACCGAGGCCAUGGCGGCGAGCCGGGGUCCCGCUGUUGGAGCCCUGAUGAACAUAACCUUUGGCAACGCUGUCGAGCUCAUCAUCUUUGUCAUCGCCUUGGUCAAGGAUGAGGUGCGCAUCGUUCAAGCCAGUCUCCUGGGGAGCAUACUGGCCAAUCUAUUGUUAAUACUGGGCAUGUGCUUCCUGCUGGGAGGCCUUCGGUUUCGGGAGCAGGUCUACAAUGCCACCGCCACACAGACUAUGGCAUGUCUGCUGAGUUUGAGCGUCAUAAGUCUGGUGCUUCCUACGGCAUUCCAUGUGUCUUUUCAGGAUAACGCUCUCGCCAAGAAGCGAGACGUGAUCAUAAGUCGCAUCACAAGUAUUGUUCUCUUGGUGGUUUAUCUUCUGUAUCUUGUAUUUCAGCUCAAAACUCACUCUUACCUAUAUAAAUCUCUUCCCCAAGAAAUGAUCGACGAGGAAUCCCAGCCCGGCCCUGUCGCCGCAUUUCUUCAUGAAGAUUCAAGUAGCGACUCCAGCUCGGACUGCUCUUGUAGUCUCAAGGGCGAGCACUCACAAGUGGCCAGCAAAUGCCGUGCCGUCAUGCGCUCCCUCGGCAAAGGCCGCUUCUCGCCCAACACAUCGUACAGCGGUGUUAACCUUCUCCAUACAUGUGCACUCGCUGCACAUGGCGGGCCUGUUUGCCACAGUUGUCCCCGACCACCUCCUGUACCUUCUAUCGACGAUGAUGGCGAUUUGGGAUCCGGUAUACGGCCAUCCAUAAGACCAUCGACACCCCAAAGACGCCUACCCAGCCUUCAUGUAUAUGGGCCCAGUUUCUCUGAUGACUCGGAACUACCAACCCGUUCCACCUCAGCGAUGGGAACGACCCCGGCGCCAGAAAGCGCACCUACAAAACUUACAAAAACCAGCUUCCUUGGCUCCAUCGGUCGUAGCCUCACCCCGACCAUCCUCAAGGAGCAGCCACCCAGCGUCGCCACCGGCAGCGUAGAGUCAGCGAACCCCCGCCACCGCCCAAGGUCUUUACUCCCGGCCAACGACCCGCCCGAGGAACUCCUCUCGACCAAGGCGGCGCUGAUCCUUCUCAUCGCGUCGACGGGUCUGGUGGCUUACUGCGCGGAACUGAUGGUGUCGUCCAUGUCGUCGAUGCUGGCAACGAGCCCACCCAUCAUUGGCGAGGCCUUCAUCGGGCUCAUCGUGCUGCCCGUGGUCGGCAACGCGGCCGAGCACGUGACGGCCAUCACGGUGGCACUCAAGAACAAGAUGGACCUCGCCAUCGCCGUCGCCGUCGGCUCCUCGAUCCAGAUCGCCCUCUUUGUCACCCCCUUCAUGGUCAUACUCGGCUGGAUGCUCGAGCGAGACAUGACGCUCCGCUUCACCCUCUUCGAGACCGUCUGCCUCUUCCUCGCCACUUUUAUCGUUGGAUUCCUCGUCCUCGACGGCAGGAGUAACUACCUCGAGGGCGCCCUACUGCUCGCCGCCUACGUCAUUGUGGCCGUGGUGGCCUUUUACUACCCUGCCCCGACAGAAGUGGGCAUUGUUGCUGGUUGA